AUGGCGCCGAAAUUGAUAAACUCGGUUGUUGACGACAUUCCUAUCGGCCGUUGCGAGGAGUGCGGAAAAGACGCAGUGUAUUUGGAUCGUGUGCUCUUGUGUCACUUCUCGUUGAGUGUGUGCAUUAAUUGUAGACAAGACCAGACGCUUCAUCACGGAGCUUUUGAGCUUUUAUCCAAAUCUCGUGCUCGAGCUGAGUAUGCACUACCAGACUCGUCCUUCUGUGGUUUACCACAUUUAAACAAACCAAAUCCUCGACAUGAAGCUUUUGCACCACUUCAACUUUAUUUGAGACGAACUCUUGUGCAAGAAGCUUAUCGUUUGUAUGGAAACGAAGAAGGACUAUUACAAGAGAAGGAAAAACGAAAGAAACGAGCAUAUCGAUCGGCAGCAAGAAGGACGAAGCAUUUAUUGAAGAAACAACACAUCAUGCAUUUAAAUAGAGAUGUUACUGAAAUGGUGACAUUCAAGAAAGAAAUGAAAAAUACAAUAGAGUUCAAGCCAGCAAGUGAAUCGGAUCAUCGACAUGAAUAUGGUAAGGAAUGUUUAAUUGACGAAAAAGCCAACAUUUGGUUCAAAACUUGUGGCUGUGGAAUGCGUGUGGAAUUUGAAAAAUGGUAG